AUGCUGGGGCGUGGGGGGCGCUGGCUGCAGCGGGCGGGGGGGGCGGCCUCGGCCCCCCAUGGGGCCCAGCUCCGCUUCGACGGCGCCGUUCUCCGGCUCAAGAGCGGCUGGGAGCUGGCGCGGGGGCUGCUGGUGUUCAGGCUCUGCGGCCUGCCGGGGCUGGUGCGCCAGGCCCCCAUGCUGCUCUCCGUGUCCCGGUGGCUGCUGGGGCGCUGGCUCUGGGGGUCCCUGCUGCGCGCCUCUUUCUAUGGACAGUUUGUGGCAGGGCAGACGCCCCCCGAGGUGGGGGUCACAGUGCAGCGCCUCCGCGCCCAGGGGCUGCGCCCCCUCCUGGCUGUGCCCAUCGAGGAGGAUGUGGGGCAGGACAAGGAAGGCGGGCGGUGGGGGUUGGGGUGUGAGUGCCGGGGCUCUGACUGUGUCUCCCCCCAGCGGGCGGUGGAGGCGGGGGUGCGGGUGCUGGUGGACGCCGAGUACACCUACGUGAACCCUGCGCUGACGCUCGUCACCCUGGCGCUGAUGGGGCGUUGGAAUCGCGCCAAGCCCUGGGUGUGGAAUACAUACCAGUGCUACCUGCAGGACUGCCUGGCGCGGCUUGGUGCGGACGUGGCGCUGGCUGAGCGCCGGGGCUUCUGUUUUGGAGUGAAGCUGGUGCGUGGGGCCUACUUGGAGCAGGAGCGGCGGCUAGAACGGCAGGGGGGAUACCCUGACCCUCUGCACCCCACCUGGGAGGCCACCAACCACAGCUACCAGCGCUGCCUGGACCUGCUGCUGGAGCUGGUGGCACGGGAUGGGCAGCGGUGCCAGCUGAUUGUGGCCAGCCACAACGAGACCUCUGUGAGCCAUGCCGUCCGCAGGAUGGAGGAGCUGGGCAUUGCCAAGGACAGAGGGGCCGUCUGCUUCGGGCAGCUGCUGGGCAUGUGUGACCACGUCUCCCUGGCCUUGGGCCAGGCGGGAUACGCCAUCUACAAGUCCAUCCCGUACGGGGCGGUGGAGGACGUGCUGCCGUACCUAGUGCGCCGAGCCCAGGAGAACCAGAGUGUGCUGCAGGGCAUCCGCAAAGAGCGGGACCUCCUCCGCCACGAGCUCUGGAGGCGCCUGCUGCGCCGUCCCUGAGGAACCCAGGCAUCCGAGAGAACCGCUGCCCCCCACAGCCCGUCCUGCUCUUUGCCUGUCCCCUCCCUCCCUGCCCUGAGGGAUUCUGGGAG